CCGGUGGGCGGGGCGGGCUUCCGGCGGGGUACGGGAGCCGCGAUGGCCAUCUUCAGCGUGUACGUGGUGAACAAGGCCGGCGGGCUGGUCUACCAGCUGGACCACUACGCGCCGCGCACCGAGAGCGAGAAGACCUUCUCCUUCCCGCUGGACCUGGUGCUGCGCCCCCAUGAUGAGCGCGUGCUCGUGGCCUUCGGGCAGCGCGACGGCGUCCGCGUGGGCCACGCGGUGCUGGCCAUCAACGGCCUGGAGGUCAACGGGCGCUUCACGGCCGACGGGAGGGACGUGCUGGACUACCUGAGCAACGCCGCCAACUUCCCCCUCGCCAUCCGCUUCGGCCGCCCGCGGCUCUCCUCCAACGAGAAGCUCAUGCUCGCCUCCAUGUUCCACUCGUUGUUCGCUAUCGGCUCGCAGCUGUCUCCCGAGCCCGGCAGCUCCGGCAUCGAGAUGCUGGAGACGGACACCUUCAAGCUGCAUUGCUACCAGACCCUGACAGGGAUCAAAUUUGUCGUUCUCACUGACCCACGGCAGUCGGGGAUAGAUGCCCUUUUGCGCAAGAUAUAUGAGAUUUAUUCAGACUUUGCUCUCAAGAACCCUUUCUAUUCCUUGGAGAUGCCAAUCAGAUGUGAGCUCUUUGAUCAGCACCUGAAGCUAGCCCUGGAAGUGGCAGAGAAAGCAGGACCGUUCGGACCAGGCCUAUAGGACAGAUUUGCCGUUUCAGCCUCUCAGUGGAUUUUUCCCAGUGCCAACUGAGCCAGAGCUGGUUCCCUGGCAAGUUGUGCUUCUUGCUCUUCUCCAAGCUGGAUUUGCAGCCAAAAUCACCACUGAGGUGCUUGGCCAGGUCUAGGGAAGCUGUGAGCUUAGCUCAGUCAUUUCCUAGGACUGCCUUGUAUAUGCAUAUAUGUGUGUGUGGCUGUUACAGUGUGUGCUUCUCCUUGUGGCUGCAGCAUUGUGUAAAUAAAGCAUUCUGAGAAGAAGCUUGAA